GUGACAUGAUUUUUUUAUUUUUUUUUUAUUUUCCAUAAAUGUUUAUUUAUACAUAAAUACCCCAAAAAAAACACCGAUAGCAAUAUAAGUAUCGUUUAAAUGGAUAAAAUAUGAAUUUAAAUGUAUCGAUCUGUCGACCUACUAAUUAUGCAUAUUUCAAUCCCGGAAGUCACUCAGAACGAGGCUGUGACGUCAGUGGUUUCAUCAGUCAUAUUUGACAGACGGGUGUAAAGGCAUAAUUAGCGCAAUUUCGUUUUCGAAUAUCUUCCAAAAAAACGCAUGACAGUGAUUAAAAAUGGUUAUGUGUGCUGCGAGCGGAUGCAAUAAUAGACAUAAGAAGGACGGUUUAAUUAGUUUUUUCCGUUUUCCAAGUAACCCGCAGACCAGGAAGGCGUGGACACACUAUUGUAAGAGAUGGGGCUUCCUACCAAGCACUAGUCAUAGAUUUUGUUCCGCCCACUUUACAAAUGCAUGUUACGAUCGUGACCCAGAAGUGAUGAAAAAUCUCGAGGGCUGUCCUACCAUGAAGCCAAAACUCCUUCCAAAUGCGAUACCUGACAUUCCAUUUACACAACAAACAACAGCUGAGCCCAGGCCACCUAUACUUAAGCGGGGAGCUUAUGAGAAACGGAGAAAGGCUGAGAUCCUACAGCUUGCAUAUGACAACUAUGAACGAGACACGGAAUGUGUAGAACUACAAGUACCAGACAGUACCACAGAACCAGAACCCAAACUGCCAACCUCCAAUACAUCCAAAGUUACCAUGGUUACACAGACAACUCCACCAACAUCUCCAAAGUCAGUAAAACACAAGAAAAGCCAAUCCCACCUCCGUCCACAACAACGUACCAGGAAACAUCAAACAGAUCUUAAAAUUACACAACCUUCAGCAACAUACAGUACAAUUGCUACUCAGACUGAUGAUGACAUUACAAAAUGUACAUGUACCAGUAUUGUAACUACAACAACUAACAUUAAUUCAGCCCAAAACUCUGACGACGAUGAGGUUUCCAGCCAUGCAGAUAGUGAUGAGGACUACCAACCCUCAGAUGAUGACCAGAGGUAUGUACAAUUGUAAUAAAUGUACCACAAAAAACAUUUUUGUAGUUAUGGGGGUAUAACACAAUAACAUGAUCAGCUGAAAA